CUCCUAUCUGUGGUGUGCCGCCGGACUCGAAGAUGAGCAAUAAGCUUGAACCUGUUGAUGCUGGCGAUGAAGAUGAUGGUGACUCUGGGCAGGGUGAGGAGGGCAUCUCAGCGGGCGGAGGGAUAUGACAACCUAAAGGGCAACGAGAACAGGAGAAGCGAAGAGGUGAUGCCAAGGAAAACGGUGAAGAGGAUUGAGGAAGAAGUGGAAGACCAGGAAGAUAGUGGCGGCAGCGGCGACGACAAUGGGGAUGGCCAUGACGAGGAGGGUGUACAUGAGGAAGGUGGCGACAAAGAGAUAGAUGAUGAUGACGACGACACACUCCAGCCCCUAAAGAAGCCGAAGAAGUGAAGAUCUUCGCUCCGAUUAGUUACCAUGUGCUGAAAAUUUAGGAAGAAGGAGAAAAUUAGUUUAUUUUCACCUAAAUUUCCUCCGAUCUCCAAGAGGAUUUGAAUUUCUAAACUAUCCUAAAAUGGCUCCACACGUUCAACAGCACGUGUGUGGGCUUGUAGGAGCUUUAUGAUUUGAGGCAAUUAGGGAGAUUGAAAUUGCCUUUUUCAUCCCGUAUGGAAUCAAACGAUCAAUGAUGCAGCCCUGGUUGCCUUCAACUUCAUUAAUGGUUGCCUUCAACAUCAUGGCAGCUUCAUGUGAA